AUGAACAUUAAGCAGCGGGAGGACGAGACGCUAAGGUCCUACAUAACUCGUUUCAACAAGGAGGCCCUCUCAAUUGACGAGGCGGAUGACAAGAUAGUCAUGGCAGCAUUUACUAAUGGGCUACAAAAGGGUAAGUUCCUGUUUUCUCUGUACAAGAACGAUCCAAAGACCAUGUUGGAUGUGCUUUACAGGGCCACCAAGUAUAUAAACGCGGAAGACGCACUGCUGGCCCGCGAGAAUAGGCCCAGAAAAAGGGAAAGACAGGAGGAUACACAGCAGGAUAGGGGGCGCAAGGUGGCCAAGACCGGAGAAUGA